ACCCCGCUCGGCCGCGGAUCCGCCCAGCCCGGCCCGCAGCUCACAGCUUCAGCCGCCAUGUCUUCCGGGGCCAGCGUGAGCGCCCUGCAGCGCCUGGUGGAGCAGCUCAAGCUGGAGGCGGGCGUGGAGCGGAUCAAGGUCUCUCAGGCAGCUGCAGAGCUGCAGCAGUACUGCAUGCAGAAUGCCUGUAAGGACGCCCUGCUGCUUGGUGUUCCAGCUGGAAGCAACCCCUUCCGGGAGCCCAGAUCCUGUGCUUUACUUUGAAGACUGGGAAGCCGUUGGCUGAGGAAGCCUUUGUGCACAUGGUGACAGAUGACUGCGACAACUCCUGAGAAGACAGUUUUCAAGAGCCUGGUCCCAAAGCCAAAACGCUAUAGAAAUCUUUUUUUUU